CCAUGAAAUAUUGUAAUGUUAUGGCCUAGGCCUAUACUACUAUACUAUACUACUAUACUACUAGAUGGUGUGUGUGUGUGUUGUGUGUGUGUUGUAUCUCUCUCUCCAACUGCCAGAAACCUCGGUGUAGUAUUGGACAACCAGUUUUGCUGCACUGCAAACAUCACUGCGGUCGCCCGAUCCUGCAGAUUUGCACUUUAUAGCAUCCGCAGGAUCUGGCCCUUCCUCACAAGGGAAGCAGCUCAGCUUCUAGUCCAAUCACUGGUCAUCUCCCGCCUCGACUACUGCAACUCACUCCUGGCUGGACUUCCUGCCUCUGCGAUUAAACUUUUGCAGCGCAUCCAGAAUGCGGCAGCGCGCCUCGUGUUCAACCUACCGAAGUUUUCCCAUGUGACCCCCCUCUUUCGGGACCUCCACUGGCUCCCUGUAGUAGCUCGCAUCAAAUUUAAGACGAUGGUACUGGCAUACAAGGCAGUCGAUGGAACUGCCCCUGCCUACCUCCAAGCAUUGCUAAAGCCACACACCCCAGCUCGAUCCCUCCGCUCAACUACCUCAGCUGGACGUCUGGAACCGCCAUCGCUAAGAGCUAGCAAAGGCAGUUCAGCAAAGUCACAACUUUUCUCGGUUUUGGGACCUCAGUGGUGGAACGAGCUCCCUGCCGCUCUCAGGACCGCAGAGUCACUCACUAUCUUCCGAAAAAGACUCAAGACUCACCUGUUCAGAGUCCACCUCGACUCUGCAUAGCCACCCUCCCCCUUCUGGCCACCAUUGUACACUGUAUUGUAUUGUAUUGUAUUGUAUUGUAUUGUAUUGUAUUGUAUUGUAUUGUAUUGUAUUGUAGUACUUAACUGUGUAGCAACUGCAGUAGCUGCUAUCAUUGCUGUAACACGGGGAAUUGAUUGACCCAGCGAUUGUGGUACUUGCACUUGGUUCUAUGAACAUCCUUUCUGUACCGACAGCGAUAUAUUGAUGCACUUCUUAUGACAAAUGUACUUAUUGUAAGUCGCUUUGGAUAAAAGCGUCUGCUAAAUGCCCUAAAUGUAAAUGUACUACUGCAUAUUGAGAACAUUUAGAUUGAUGUUGUGCAACAUUCUGGGGAUGAGGACAUCCCGAAUAUUGACGGGUAUUUCGCACACUGCCAUCUCAAUAUAUAGCCUAUCAUAUAAAAAUAUAACACUGUACUCGACACAAAUGAAAGUAACGUUGUUUACUUUUAAUUGUACCGUAAUGCAUUUUUUUUUAAGUCUAUCGUUUAUCUUUUUUGUGUUGUAGUUUAAGCACAGUUACAGUCUCCAAGGUGUUUAAUUAUUCAUCCGUCAUCUGCUGUACACAUCUGUACUGUAGUGAGGGCAGUGUGGUUAUGUUGUGGGGUUCAUAUUGAUGGUCUGUGACGUCCAUAAUGCUUUAGUGUGACGCAGACACAAUGAUCUUCCCUCUCAAUAAACGGCUAAAGUUCAAAAGGCAAAUGAAGUGAUGGAUGAGUUGUGUUCGUAUCCAGGUCUCCAGUCUACUAUGGAUGAGGAGAGAGAGGAGGGGGGUCCUAUCUCUAAGACCACUUUGUCUGGGGAACAUGGCCGCCGGAGCAAAGCUAAGAGCCCAGAGCAGCAGCAGAGAGCAGACUCCCCUGGACCCAGCUGUGUCUCCUUGAAGAGUGACCGGUCUAUGGAUCAACCUUGGAACUUUAAAGAUGGAAAUCACCAACCUCCUAAGAAAAGCCCAGAGCAGCAGCAGAGAGCAGACUCCCCUGGACCCAGCUGUGUCUCCAUGAAGAGUGACCGGUCUAUGGAUCAACCUUUCACCUUUAAAGAUGGAAAUCACCAACCUCCUAAGAAAAGAAACCAAGAGAGGUCAAAGGUGACCAGUGCUCAGUCUCUACAGCAGCAUCAAACAGAGCUGAUCAAGAGGGCUGAGGAGAACGCACACGCUUUUCUAGACAAGGAGCUGAAGAAGCUCUGGAGGGAUCUCUUCUCAGAUUACCCACAAUGCUCAGAGGGUCAGAGAGUGGAGGAGGAGGAGGUGGAUGGUAAGAAGGAGGAGCAGAGGAGGCGCGCCAUAGAGGGAGUGGUGGACAUCACAAAGCUCUGCCUGAUGGAGAUGAACCAGGAGGAACUGGCCGACACACUGCGGGGCGGAUCUGCUGCUGUCGAUUGCCAACAUAAAAUCAAGUCUAAUUUGAAGAAGAAGUUCAGGUGUGUGUUUGAGGGAAUCGCUAAAGCAGGACAGCGAACAGAUCUGAACGACUUCUACACAGAGAUCUUCAUCACAGAGAGAGGCAGUGGAGAGGUCAACAAGGAACAUGAGGUCAGACUGAUUGAAACCGCUUCCAGGAAACCAGCCAAGGAAGAAACACCAAUCAGAUGUGAAGACAUCUUUAAACCCUUACCUGGACGCGAUCAACCAAUAAGAACAAUGAUGACAACUGGAGUGGCCGGCAUUGGUUAAAACCGUCUUAACACACAAGUUCACUCUGGACUGGGCUGAAGGCAAAACCAACCAGGACAUACACUUCACAUUUCUCCUCACUUUCAGAGAUCUGAAUUUACUGAAAGGGAAAGAGUUUAGCUUGGUGGAACUUCUUCAUCACCUCUUUAUUGACACCAAAGAAGCAGGAAUCUGCAGAUUCGAACAUUUCCAAGUUGUCUUCAUCUUGGAUGGUCUGGAUGAAUGUCGACUUCCUCUGGACUUCCAGAACAACCAGACCUGGACUGAUGUCAAAGAGCCAUCCUCUGUGGACGUGCUGCUGACCAACCUCAUCAGGGGCCACCUGCUUCCCUCUGCUCGCAUCUGGAUAACCACUCGCCCCGCCGCAGCCAAUCAGAUCCCUGCUGAGUGUGUUGACAUGGUGACAGAGGUGAGGGGGUUCAGCGACCAACAGAAGGAGGAGUACUUCAGGAAGAGAUUCAGAGAGGAGCCGCUGGCCAGAACAAUCAUCUCCCACGUCAAGAAAUCACGAAGCCUCCACAUCAUGUGUCACAUCCCAGUCUUUCUGUUGGAUCACUGCUUCAGUUCUGGAGGACAUCUUCAAAAAGUCCCAGAUAGAAGAGAUGCCCAAGACCGUGACUCAGAUGUACAGCCACUUCCUGAGGGUUCAGUCCCUACAGGGGGACAGGAAGUACCAUGGGAGAUCUGAAACAGAUCCAGAAUGGAGUUCAGAGAGCAGGGAGAUCAUUGUUUCUCUGGGAAAACUUGCUUUUAACCAGCUGGAGAGUGGCAACCUGAUCUUCUACGAGGCAGAUAUGGCAGAGUGUGACAUCGAUAUCAGAGCAGCCUCAGUGUACUCAGGAGUGUUCACCCAGAUCUUUAAAGAGGAGUGUGGGCUGUACAGGACAAGGUGUUCUGCUUUGUCCAUCUGAGCAUCCAGGAGUUUCUGGCUGCCCUUUAUGUCUUUCUGUCCUUCAUCGAUACUGGUGUCAAUCUGCUCUCAACCUCCAGGAAAGAUAAACACCUCCUCUACCAGAGUGCUGUGGACAAGGCCUUACAG